CUUUUCCUUUUUCGCCGGUGAUGUUUUCUGUAGAAUAACUGAAUAUCGUGGUGUGUUAAGUGAAAUGUUCUCUCUAUUUAACUUCAUCCAGCGUUGUGUUGCUGUUUUAAAGGUGUGACUAUCUGCAAUCAUGCCUGCCUCAACAGGAGAUCCUAUCAGCGCAGCGCUCUCACAUUCACUCGCUGCCAGUUCCAAGCUCUCGUCAGACAGUGAUACCUUGGAUACCAAGCUAAUAGGAUCGACAAAGCGAGUGUUACUGACUGAAAUAAAAUAUGAGCAAACCAGCACUUUUAACAGUAAUCUAGAAGAUUUGAAAUCUAAAUAUAUAGUUUUAAAACCCAACGUGAACUCUGAAAAUGGUGAAGUAAAGUUGAAAAACGGUUUACCUAAGCCAGCUCUGAGUGACUCUAAACCUCUGCAAUCAUCGUCAGUUUCUAAAGCUUCGAGUAGUAUAGUUAAGCCUUCAAGUCCAGCGGGAGUCAACAAGGCAGUUUUACCGUCACCUAAAAGAGUGCUGUUCGAUCCGGAAAAGAUUCAGCUAGGAUGGCAAACAAAGACAGUUCCUGUUGGUGCCGGAAUGGAGAAUUUAGGAAACACGUGUUAUUUAAAUUCUACACUUCAGGCACUCUUCCAUGUUCCAGCGUUUGUGAACUGGUUGCUAAAUGAUAAGGCCCACAAAGACAAAUGUGAAGCCCUGAAUGGCUUAACACACACUGACUGUUUAAUUUGCGCAAUGCUGAAAACACUGAAAUCAUCCUUGGAAAACAGUGCUUCAAACUCCAUCAGGCCACAUUUAGUUUAUAAUAAACUAAAAUUGAUUUGCAAGAGGCUUAUGCAUGGUCAUCAAGAAGAUGCUCACGAGUUCAUGAGGUAUCUCAUUGAGAGCAUGGACCGUUCCUACCUUCGCAUAAUGCAGGCUAACAAUCUUGACAGCUACAGCAAGGAGACAACUCCCCUGAGUCAAAUAUUCGGAGGCUACCUCAGAACAGAAGUGAGAUGUUUGGAGUGCCGAAACAUCUCGCUGACGUUCCAGCAUUUCCAAGACUUACUACUGGACAUUCGGCAAGCCACCACGCUCGACCAGGCGUUAGAGUCGUAUUUCACUUGUGAACGUCUUGGCGACGGCGACGAGGCGUACAAGUGUGAAAAAUGCCACCGUCGAGUUGCUGCGACCAAGAAGUUCACUGUUGAAAAACCACCUAAUGUCCUCUGUAUACAGCUCAAAAGGUUUGGCAUCACCGGAGGCAAGAACAGCAAGCACAUACAGCUUCAGACCAGCCUAGACCUGACCAGGUUCUGGGUUCACCAACAGAGUCAGCCCGGCGUCAGACUCAACUAUCGUCUCGUGUCACUGGUGAAUCACAUCGGACCAUCUACUAACUGCGGACACUACACAGCCGUCGGCCUCGCCUCCUCGGGACAGUUCUAUCUGUUUGACGACAGUUUGGUCAGACUUGUAUCCACUCAUUCCGUCAGUGGCAACAACACGUACAUAAUCAUGUAUGAGCUCACCUCACCUAACCCCUCCCUAAACAGUGCAGCCAGCAAAGUUUCGCCACCUAACGGAACUUGCACGGUGACCAAGCCUAGCCAGAACACAAGCACGGUGGUUGGUUGCAGCAACGGUAUGCGACGUCCGAUAUCUCCCAUCUCCAACGGAACCAGCAACCAUUCACACUCCCAGCCCACCACGCCUCUCAAGUCUAUGCUCGGCUCUCCUCUAAAAACGGCAAACUCUUCUAACGCAAAGACCAGUGUCUCGUCACACAAGAGUCUCGUCCCCUACUCAACAGAGUCGAGCGACAGUGAGUCUGAACCGGCCACUUCCAAAAAAGCCGCCGUCACCCUGCCUACCUCGUCGCCGAUAAAAAACGGAUUUGCGAAAGAAAGUUCAAGUUUUGUGAAAUUUAGUAACUGUUCGAUCGGCGCGUCGCCGAACAAAACUAGUACUCGUAAAAGUGAUGAGUGUAAAAGUGAAGUGGUGGUGAACGGUUGGCACGUGACGGAAGUGGUAGAGAAAAGGAGCGUGGCAAACUCGUUGUACAACCCUCCGCAAAACUGGGCCGUCAUCUCUGUUGACACAGCUGCUGCCAAAUCCGCAGAAAAAAACGGAGAAUCUAGUCAGCUGAAAGUGGAAGAAUCACAUAAUGGCAUCAAUGGUAAAGAUCACAAAAAACCUGUGGAGAACGGCCAUAGCGCAAUGAGUAACGGUGACGAACCGAAGAAAGCUACUAACGGAUCUGUGGAAAAUGGACGAAUAUCUAACGGAAAGAGUUGGGACGGCUGUAGAAACAAUUCCACAGUUGACUACCUCAAGAAAAAUUCACACCAGGGCUAUGGUAGAAAUGUAACAACAUGGAAUGGUGGUAGAACGCAAGUAGACGAAGAAGCAGAAAUGGACAGGCUACAACAACGUAAACGCUCCUACGAUCAGAUGUAUGAAGAUGAGAUGGAUCACGGGAAGGUGAAGAAAGUGAAAAACAACUAUUACCAGAAAAACGACAGAGAGAUUAACGGAAGACGGAAUUACUUCCAGGAGCAUCAAAACCACAAAAACAACGGUUGGUACAAAGAUAGACACCAUUUCUACCGAACCUACAGCAACAACCACCACCGUACGUACCAAAAUAACAACAACAGACACCAACACUACAAUAAUACUUGGAGACGUUGAUUAGAGAUAAAGUAAUAGGAAUAAAUUUUGUACCGUUUCAGUAGUCGGCCAAUUAGUAUGAAUAAGCUUGAAGCUAUUUAAAAGUUUUUCGAUAAAACUUAUGUUGUAACAACAACAGUUGAAAAUGUACAUAUUAAGUAUCUCUUUCAGUCAUAUUGUUUUACGUAAAGGUAUUACUGAGUUAAAAUAGGCUAAAUGGUCAUCUUUAUCGUACUGAAGAUUAGUGCAAAUGUAAGUUUUAACAAGACAAUAUUUUUUAAACUAUAAUAAUAUAAAUGUUUAUUUGAAACACAUUUAAAAUUGGACAGUGUAGUGAAAUGUGCAAGGAAUUAACUCUUCACUGAUUUGUAUAUUGAAAGUUACCAAAGUUUUUACCUCUUGAUAGUUUUAGACUUCUGAUUUGUUAGAUAAAUUUUCAGAACUAGGAAUAAAAGGCAAUUUGUUUAGUCUGUAAUUAACACUGUGAAAUCGUUAAUUUUAGUAUAUUAAAUUGAGUUUAAAAUCUUAGGGGUUAUUAUUUUUUGGUGUUUCACUGUUCUAUUGUUCCUUUCUCAAUUAACUAUAUUAUAACAACUACCUAUUAUAUUUGUAACGUGUGUACAAGUUUUUUUUUAUAUAUGUCUAAACUCAUAACUAUUUUCUUUAAUAUGCCUAGAUUAUUUUUUACAUAAAAUGCAAUAUAAUUUGUCCUUGAAAGUGAAUUGAUCAUAAUAAAAUACUCCACUCCAGGUUUAUUUGUUUGAAAAUUUUAAGGGUGCUACCAUAGUAUAUAAUUAGGUCGAAUAACUGAAAAUAAUACUUGUCAACAAAAUGCUUGGGAAUCUUGUAUGAAGGUAAUGUAAACUUAUCUUAAUAUGUAUCUAUAUCAGCUCAACUUUCCUAUUAUAAAUGUAUUUCUAUGCCGCCUACGUGUAUCACUUAAUAUUUUCUUAUUUAAGUGAAAGUACAUUUUGGUUUUAAUAUCAAACUUUUUUCUUAUUUAGGUUAUCAUUCAAGACAAUUGUGUGGUAAAAUUUGUGUUUAGCUACCCAAAUUGGCUAAUGUUUUUAUUUGAGUUUUGUGUUAUUAGUAGUUACUUCCAGUUUGUUCAGGACUUUUCAUUCAAAGCCCAGAGAUCAACAGCUGGGUCCAGUUUUUAUCCAAAAGCUAUCGACUUUUUUCAGGAUCAAACUGACAAACUUUUGAUUGCCAUGUGAGCUCUAUAACCUUGCACUAGCUAGCUUACCUGAGAUAACAGCCAGGGGUUAAUGGAUAAGAAAAAUAAAGGACACAAAAAUAACACUUAUAGGACUUCAGACAAAAGGUUUAAGAGACAAAUGAUUGUGUGAAUGAUUUUCUUUUCAACCUUCUCUCUGUAAGUUCUAUAUUAUAAUGUAUUAUCCCCUAGACUAAAUUUAUCAGUUAAGCUGGCUGAACAAUUCCAUUUUUUUUAAUCGCUUAAGUCACUUGGCUUAAUUUUGAAGUAAAAAUUCACAUAAAACUAGUUUUCAGUGGACUUGCUCAAUGUAAGGAUGAGUAAAAAUUAACAAAAUGCAAGAUUAGAGGUACAGCUCUCAAAAAAUCACCCUUUCGACUUUCACUCAAACCAUCUGCAGUUAGUUGAAUCUCUCCCGCCAAAGCCCUUCCACAGACUGGUGGACGCUGCAAGUUUCACGGACCUGGCCGAGGGAGGAUUCAAACCCUCUAUUUACGGUAUUUUCUCUUUGUCAAACCACUUGGAUGUGGUCAGACUCGACGGUCAAACUUCCUAUACUGGU